CAGUUUCCUGAGUAGCUGGGAUUACGGGCACACCCAGUUCUCCAAAAGGAUCCCCACCCACAUUGCCUCCUGACCUCAAGAGACUGAAGAGAUGAAACCUAGCUCCUUUUGCAAAAAACAAUAGGAAGAAUGGCUCUUGGACUUUCACAGAAAUCUUUUAUUUGCCAUCAGUCCACACUAUAUGCAUUGGAUGAACCCGAAAACAACAUCAAAGGUGCUCCGAUAUUACCUCAAGAAUUAUGGCCAGAACAAGAACUACAAUUGUGGAAUGAGAUAGAUGAUGCUUGUUCGUCUUUUCUGUCUGUUGAUUCCCAGCCUCAGGCAUCCAAAGUACUGGAGGAGCUUUGCUUUGUGCUUACGGGGAUUCUGCUAAAGCCUCGGGAACAAGAUGAAAAAGAUAAUACCAAAAGGUUCUUAUUUCAUUAUUCGAAGACACAGAAGUUGGACAAUUCAAAUGUUGUGUCGUCCGUUGUGCAUCCCCUGCUGCAGCUCGUGCCUCAACUGAACGAGAGAAGAAUGAAGAGAUUCAAAGCGAACGAAGAAUCCCAAACUCCUUUUGCAAGCCGAAGUCGAGGAUACUUUUUAUUCAGGCCACGCAAUGGAAGAAGGUCCGCAGGUUUCAUUUAAAAUGGUUGCCAACUAAUUUUCCACUGAAACAAUGCUAUGGAUUAUAAAAUAUACUGACAUUUUGUUUUCUUCUCAAAAACCAUCCUUGUUAAAUUUACUGUGUUGAAAAUCCCUGUAUUAUAAACAUUCCUAGUAAAAUUAGGUUGGUAAUCGUAAAUGUGUAAUUUGUUGAAAAUUAAAAAAGCAUCUUAAAAUAUU